AUGAAGAAACUGGAGAACAGUCCCACCAGAGAAUUAGCAGUUCAACUGAAAGCUCUAGAACGAAAAGAAGCAAACUUACCCAGGAGCAGGGAAAAGGAAAAUUUGACCAACGAAGAUGCUCAGACCUCAAGCUCUUCUUGUCGGCAGGAAAUAAACAUCACAACAAAUGAUGAUUACAGUUUAAACAGUGAAACUGGGGAAAAAUUCAAUCAAGAACAUUUUGUUUUGACACUUCCCAAAAUACCUCUGCCAGGUAUAAAGAAGAGAUCAGGAUCUUCAGAAUUACAAGUGUUAGUUCCUAGGCAUGAGAAAAUGAAAACUGAGAAAGGCCAGAAAACAGCUAGUAUAUGGAUAAACCAAUGUUUCAGAGAACUUUUCCUAAGGCCACCAUUUCCCCUGGCUUCCAUUACACAGGCUCCAUUCAAAUAUCAUUAUAAUCUUCAAAACAAUAACAUAAUAGCAGAAACUAGAAAGUCCAAAGAUGAUAAAAGAAGAACAACCUUGAAGAAAAAAUUUAAGGAAAAAGUAAGCUCAUAUGCAACAAAUCUGGAAUUCAAGAAAAUGAUAACCGAUGGUAUACCUGAAAUAAUGAACACAGAAAAAAUUCCAUCUAAAUCAUCACAUGAAAGUGAACUAGCUGAAAAGUCAAAUGUCACAUUAGAAACAAAUCUAGAAUCCAACAAUUCCAAGAUAACCAUGCAAAUAUAUUCAAGAACUAAUAAUGAGUAUUUAAUGAAUUUCAAGGAGAUCAAUGAUGAAGCUUUCUUUUGGAAGGACAAUCCAAAUACAGAGUUCAAGAAGAGCUCUAAAGAAUUUGCUGAUUUCAGAACAGAGUGCAUAAGUAGCUCAUGUGUGGACUUAAUGUUUCUCGAUGAGUUCACAGCUGAAUCCACAGAUGUUGAUGAAUGGUCAACAAAUUGCUCACAGAACAAUGCAAAGAAGCCUUCAAAGAAGAGUGGAAAGAAGGAAAAGGACUCUGAUCCUGAUUCUGGAGACUCAAAAGAUACAAAGAAAGAAGGAAAGAAAAAGAAAGAACCUAAGAAAAAGAUGGAUACAGAGUCUACAGAUGCUGAAUCUGGUGACUCCAAGGACGCAAAGAAAGAAUUAAAAAAAGAUAAAAAAGAAAAAAAGGAAGUCAAGAAAAAGAAGGACACAGAAUCUACUGAUGCUGGAUCUGGUGACUCCAAGGAUUUGAAGAAAGAAAAGAAAAUGAACAAAAAAGGUUCAGAAUCUACUGAUGCUGAAUCUGUAGACUCAAAGGGUGCAAAUAAGGAAAAGAAACGUCCAAAGAAAGAUGAUAAGAAGGAUGCAUUCUAUACUGAUUCUGAAUCUGAUGUAGAGUCAAAGAAGGGCAAGAAAGAUGAAAAGAAGGAAACUAAAGGGAACAGGAAGAAGCCUAUUAAGGAUUCAAAGUCUACUGAUGCUGAUUCUGAAUCUGAAGGUGAUCUAUCAGUAAAGAAAGGUGAAAAGAGAGAUAAGAAAAUUAUAAAGAAAGGAGAAAAGAAGGAUGCAAAGAAGACUCUAGAUUCUACUGCAAGUGAGUCUGAAUAUGAAGCUAAGAAGGAAAAGAAAGGGACCAUGAAAGAUUCGAUGAAGGACGUAGGUAGUUACACUGAUUCAGCAUCUGAUGUAUCUUCCAAGGCAGGAAUAAGGAGAGCUGUAAGACCCACAGAUACUGAAUCUGAAGGGUCAUUAGGAUUUAAGGUUAUAAAGACCACUGAUGACUCAGAUGCCACAUCCACAGACUCAAAGAAGGGAACAUCAGAACUAAAGAGAGGAUUCAGAACAUCAUCCAAAAAGACUACUUUCAGAGAAAGGGGGAAAAGAAGUCUGGGUGGUAGAAUCCCUUCAUCAAGAGAAAGACUACCACUCCCUCCAUGUGAGCCUCUUCGAGCCUCACCUAAGAUCAAACGUGUCUGUCAGUGCAAGGUGACUCCUCCACCUCCAAAGCCAAGAUAUGCUCCUUUGCCUGGAGUGGAAUGGAUUCAUAAGAUACUCUGAAGACUAGGUGAGCCCUAGGAUUUGCAGACUGGCCUUAUGGAAGAAAACUACUUUCAAAGGCACCUCUCUGCUUCAGUGGAACUGUAGUAAAUAAAAGUAAGCAUCAGCA